UUGACAUUGAUGAUGUUAGUAAUGUGAUGAGGAAUGUUUAAUUUGCCAGGAAAAUAGAGUAAUAUAUUUAUUUUAAGUUUAAUUAACUUCCUAUUGUGUGAUGAUGAAUUAUGAUACAAGAAUAUUGAAGAUAUAAUUCAUGUAUUUUACUCUACGCACACUUACUUUUUAAAUAAAUAUGUACAAAUCAUACAUUUUUCCAUUAUCGAUCAUGUUUCCAUAGGUUCUUUAGUUGUUUCUCCUGAGUUUUCCUUCACCAAGUCUGUGUGGUCAGCUGAACACAAAAAAGUCCAUGUUCUAUUAUUAGUUCUUCAGAGUUUCUCCCUCAGGUGUUGGUCGAUGUCACAGCCAGUUGGCCGGCUCUCGCUCCUCUGUCUUCUUUUUCUUUCAGAGUUCUCAUCAAUAAUUGAAACAGUUGCUCAUAUCGAUGGCAGCUGCUACGCUCUCUCCCUUCUCCACUGCUCGCCCACUCGUUCCACCAAAACUUCUGAUGGCGAAAAAAGUAUAACAGCAUAUCAGCUGUUGUCAGAUAAGUUUGGACGGUUUUCAACUUGAAGACAGCAACGGUUUUGCGUGAAGACACUGGGGGAAUUAUCUGCAGAAGUUUGACAGUGAAUGCUGACCUCUUUUCUUUCUAACUUGGAUUUGUCUUUUUGCUAGCUUAUUCUGGUAAAGUGCUCGCCAUGUCUGGACAAAGCAGUGACCAGUUGCAUCGAUCAACUUUAAAUGUCUAUUCCAAUUUAAUGGAGCAUUUUAACCCGGGCUUGCAGACGCUUGUCGCUCUUGGAAAUAGUUAUGUCAAAGCUUUUCAAGCAUUAGCGUCUUCCAGCGAGGCCUACUUCAGUUUUGUGGCAAAGAUGGGCGACCAGGCUCUACACACGCUGUCCUCUCGCUCUCUGGGUGACGUCCUGAUCCAGAUAUCAGACACUCAGAGGAGACUCACUGCGGAGAUGGAAGGAGUGGCAAGUAUCCGCUCGUGUUUCUUUACUGGGUCAUGACACGACAUUGUAAAUUGUAAACAAGUCCUAGCUGCGUAGUUUGGUAUUCGGCCACAUGGUUUGACAUGAACAUCAAUGUUCCGCACCUCAAACAGUUCAAGAGGGUUCAGGCUUGUGUCACUUAUAACGGAAUAACAGAGUUGCACAUUUAGGACAAACAAGUGUGAAACAGAACAUCUGAUAUUUGGUAAAUUUGUAGUGAAAUUAUGUAAAUCCACCUUCAUUCUGUGGCAGUUUCGUUGGUUCCAGAUCGAAGUGCUGCAGGCCAUGGAGAAGAAUGUCAAGCUGGAUGAGGAGUACAUUGAUGGCAGUCGUAGAGUGUAUGAACUGGAGGUGCGGAACCAAGCCGAGGCUUUAGAGAAACAGCUUCGACGAGGCACGUACAGAGACUCUCUGGAGAACAGCGACUACAUGAUGUACCUGAGGCAGAGCCAGCAAGAGAUCCUGAAAGAAGAGGAGAGGAGGUAUCGCUUCCUCGCGGAGAAACACUGCGGUCUCACUCAGUCCAUGCUAUUUCUCAUAAAUAAGACUGGCGCCUCUCUCCAGCAAAAGGCUGAUGGGUGGAAGGAGAAAGUGAAUGAAACCAGAGGGUCCAGACCUCGUACCCCCAACCAUUUGGAUCAAGAAGCCCAAUUGCGUGGCUCAGUGACCUCACUACUGCAGACGGUGGCCAGAGACGAAGACAUGUCCUGGGCUCGGCGGGAGCAGCAGGCGCUGGGGAGAGUGCCCUCUAGAGCGCCGUCCCCUCUGCCCAGCCGCUCUCGCUCCAGCUCUGUCGGGGAAUCACUGGGUUUGGGUUCUGGCAGAGCCAUGAGAGCCUUGGUGUCUCAUCCAUCCUCGUCCAACCCCAAACUUCUGCCCUUCAAUAGAGGAGAGACCAUCACCGUUCUGGUUCAGGAGCCGCGCAACGGCUGGCUGUACGGCCGCACCGACGGCAACAUGCGCCAAGGUUGGUUUCCUGCUGCGUACGUGGCGUCUGUCGAGGAUUUCUCCAACACUUUAACAACGAGUGGAGGCGCUAUCCGCAGCCACAGCAUGAACAACCUGCUGGACCCCACUGACUCCCACGGAGAACAGCCGGAGGGCAGGAACUACGGAGACAUCCCGCCACCGGCCACUCCUGACCGCAGAGCCUCGGCAGACUUCCGACCCAUCUCACCGCUGCCGGAGAAGAGGGCCGAACUAUCAGUGGAGACAAAAACGAUUCAAACAAAGAGCUACUCUGAAGUGGCACCACCGCCUCCUCCACCGCCGCCCCCGCCUCCCACGAGUCUGAAUCUCAGGAGAGCUUCUGUGGAUACACGAGCAGUUUCACCCUUUUCUGACAGGAAAAGCGAGCCUGAUUCACUGACACUGUCGCCCACUGGACCGCCGGAACACCCACUGUUUCCCAGAGGCACAAACCCGUUCGCCACUGUAAAGCUUCGGCCCACGACGACUAAUGACAGAUCGGCCCCGAGGAUCCACUGAGCCGUCAGCGCUCGCGCAAGUCGUGUUUGUAACUGAGGCCGUCAGAUCGGGUGGUGGAGGAAGAGCGUGCGUUCCAGCUGUGGGAGGAUUGUUGGAUCAUUGUUGUUGACCCAGAUAUGGCUCAGUGCUGGGGAGCUUGUGAGCAGUAUUACAGCAUGUCUGUAGAAAAUAGUUCCUUGUUCACUGAUGUUGUUAGCUUUACACUUUAAGUUAACUGUCCCCUUUAGACUUUUGCCUCCAAAUGUCCUGUUCAAAACACUUAUCCAUGAUGCUUCAUGAAGCCUCGUUUUCAGAGCUCAGUAGGUGCCUAACCUCUUGAUCCAACCAUUUUUUUUUUCGUUUUUUUUUUUUUGUUAUCUUGGAUAAGAAGGACCUAAGAUGUAUGAUCGCGACCUUUGUCUUGAAACAAACAGCAGCAUUUGACUACUAAGUAGUACUCAUAUGCUACUGUACUAAGAAGAAUUACUAUCACUUAUGACUUAUGAAUAUCACAAUUACAAUCGGUGCAUUGUUGGUGUGUCACCACAAGAUGGGCCGUGGAGCCCAAAGACUAGUCUUACAUUUUUCCUGAAUUUUGUUUCUAAAGUAUUAGUAUACCUGUAUGCUUAAAAUAUGUUGCUGAUUAUAUAUAUUUUCGGUUUACUUACAUUGUAUUUAAUGACUGACAACAUAAAUCAUAAAUAGUGGAUAAUCUUAAGAGAAUGCCUUGGUAUUUUAUUGAUUUUUUUUUUUUGAAGGACAAUAAAUAUUGUUAAAAAGUGUGUUUCUCACUAAAAUAAUGUAAUUUUAAUUGUCUAAUACUUAUUUUUCGGUCUUCAUUUUCACAGACCUAAAAUGAACUAUGAAAAAAAGGAAUAAAGUUUUGCUCUGACCUUGUGGGGGCCACAUGAAUGAAGGCUAAGGGCUCCAUGUGGCCCCCAGGCCACACUUUGUCCAUGUCUUGGCUUGAGGGGCGCCAAAGCCGAGCAUUAUGAAGCGGAGCACGCCAUCUAGUGGACACUGAAUGUGACGGUUCAUGAAGCUUUUUCAGUCCAUUUCUUGUAUAUAUCUGUCGAAUCAUAUAUAAUAGAUUUUUUUUCCAUUUGCUUAUGCAGGUUUUUAUAACUAUAACAAGCAUCAUCCUAUGGAUUAAGGUAAAACAAUCUAUCAAGCAAGUCAUGCCGUUAUGACUCGUGAGAAAGAUGCAACGACUAAGUGCUUGUUCAGUGAAAAUACUGGCGUGACGGACAAAUGCUCAUUCCAACUUUUAAUACAUUUGUGAAAGGUGCUUCAUAAAACAACAAAUUCAGCUUGUAAAAGCAUGUUCACAGCUGACGUGUAUUUCUGCAUCUUCACUGUUUUUGUGUUCAAUUUGUCAGCUAGGAACAACAAGUAAAGAGACAUCAGUAACUCAAGUGUUUAUUAUUACUUUGCAUCUCUCACUUUGUAUCUUUUUAUUCUCAUCUGAACAGAGGCAGCAAGAAGUAAGGAGGAGGAGAGAGGAGAGGAGGUGGUGAGGUCAGGGAAGAGGUCAUGAGAGAGGGGAGUGGGAGGAAGGUGCACUGUCAACACAAAAACUCAACCAGUCUCUCACACACUCACACACACAAAUAAUCACGUAUAGAUUCAACUACGCCAACCACAGCACAAGCGGUAUUUUCAGUUACAGUCAGAAAGAUUCAGAAACCAAUAUGGAGGGUCGUGUAUUUAUAAAAAUGGAGGGUCGUGCUUGCGGCGGCCCAGUGUUCCUCCUCUGGUCGCUCCCUCGCUCCUGUCCGGCUGAGCAGUGGCUCCGAGUGGUGUCUCGUGGGAGAUGACAGGAGGUGGCAGUUACAAAGUAUGAGGACGGGGAGGAAGAGGAGGAGGAAGGCUUAGCGCUGUCCUCUACUCAUGCACCAUCACUUCAAACUCUGCAGGAACACAGAAACUUGCUCACUUUCACAGAGCGCAGCGACUGUUGCAGCCAUGCACACACUUUGCUGUUGACUUUUGUUUGUGCUUUCUUGUAGAGGACCAGAUAAGGAGGGGCUCUUGAGCGGUGUCAGAGCUAGGAUGUGUUGAUGCAAAUGAGCGACCCACAGAAUAAUGACUGCAGUACUCUAGAGGUGUGUGAUGGCACUUUGUUUUUGUUUUUUGGCGACCGUAAUCUUAAAUCAUUGCUGAAGAGGACUGAAAAGAUGGAACCAGAUAUGAUCACCUGGGAGCGUGGAAACACAAACCUAACGCUCCGCUUCACGUCCCAUAUGAUUCACACUAAUCCUCACCGUCCAUUCCGAUCUUGCCGUCGCCGUCCUUGUCUGCCGCUUUGAGGAAGGCUGAUGUUUCUGCGUCGGUCAGGUCCCUGCCCUCCUCAGAGAAGCCUUUGAGCACGAACCUGCAGCCGAGACACGUCACGUCACACACCGUCAGGCGCACCUCCAACACUUGUGUUUCCAUUUUCACUUUAGUUCCUCCUCCUCGAUGAAGCCGCUCCCGUCCACGUCCAGGA